AUGCCGCCACCUAACCCCAAACAGGAUGUGUAUUUCCGGUGUCUGUGUAACCGUUAUUGCCUGAUGUCGUUUACCGUCCUUAUUGGGAUUAUCUUUCUGUGGAUCUUACCUCUCGUUGGCAGACUCGAGAAGAAAACCAUAAAUCCAAUAGUCUCCGUGAUGUCAGUGACAGAACAGAGGAAGAAACUUCUCAGAAAGAAGGUCGACUGUUUCUGGCGAAUGAAAGAGUCUGAAAAUGAAACACUCUCAGAGAAAGAGGUCAUGUGUCCGGUCUGGUGGGAUGACCUUCUGUGUUGGAACGAGUCUGCUCCGGACACGUUGGUCAGUCAGGAGUGUCCGGACUAUGUAAAUGGCUUCAAUAAGAAUGAAAAAGCCACGAAGUACUGCACCGAGAACGGCACGUGGGAGUACAAGACGUGUAUGGGCGACACGUGUGAGAACCACACUUGGACUAACUUCAGCCUGUGUUCCAGAUCGUCCAUCGAUCUACAGUUCCACACAGCGACGGCGGAGAAGUUGUGGAUCGUAUACACGACCGGUUACAGCGUGUCUCUCGCCGCCCUCACCGUCGCCGUCGUCAUCAUGUUCUGCUGCAAAGGUUUGCGGUGUAAGAGUAACAUCCUCCACAUCAACCUGUUCCUGUCCUUCAUCCUCCGCGCUCUGGUCUCCUUCGUCAAAGACUUUUCAUUCGUCGGAAACGUCGGCCUGCAGAGCGACGUUCGUAGACGCGACGACGGCACGCUGGAGUUCAUAGAAAGUGGGCCUCACUGGGAGUGUAAGAUAUUAUUCAGUGUGUUCAACUACACCAUCAGUGCCUCUUUGAUGUGGAUCUUUAUAGAAGGCUUGUAUCUUCACAUGCUCAUCUACAGGCCGCUAUCUACGGAGAGGAGAGGGGUCAGAUUCUACAUAGUGCUAGGAUGGGUUUUACCUAUGCCAUUUUUAAUAGCGUGGGUCAUUGUAAAAUAUCUCUGGGAAAAUUCUUACUGCUGGAAUAUUCAGUUAAAAUCGGAAUACUUCUGGAUUUUAAAGGCGCCCGGAGUAGCAGUUAUUUUAUUAAAUUUCUUCUUUUUCUUAGACAUUCUGCGGAUAUUAUUUCUACGAGCGAGAACAAACCAAAGACAUAUCACCGGUCGAAAAAAAUACAGAAAGCUUGCCAAGUUUAUUCUUGUACUGAUGCCGCUGUUCGGCGUGAUGUACAUCGUCUUCUACGUCGCCUUCCCGACCGAGUUCCGGCACGAGGACUACAACGUCGCCUAUCUGUACAUGGAGAUGGGCUACAACUCGUUCCAGGGAUUUGUGCUGGCUCUACUCUUCUGUUUCCUGAAUGAAGAAGUGCACAGUGAAUUAAAAAGAAUAUGGUACAGACACCAAAGCAGACGAACAGACAUGGCGACGCUAAACAGGUCUUUUGGACGACCGUCAUCGUGGAAGAAAAGCUCCAGCCGAUGUUCAAUUUCCCCUCCGUUAGACCGACGACAUCAACACAGGCUGUGCAAGAUGGGAUCAACGACAUCAUACGAACAAGACACAGACAAGUGUAGAAAGAAUGUAAGGACUAGAGCCAUCCAGCUGUUGACGAGGCAGGACGCCAUUGACGUUCCAGGGGAGAUCACUACGGUCAAAUAUGAACCUAAUCUAAGAGAAAAUGGUGUGUUCACCAGUGCUGAUCAAUAUGUGUAAAACUAUUACUGUGAUUUUCAUAUUCAUUCAUUCAUUUCGUUUCAACUUAUUUUCGUGCUUAUAUCCAAUUAAGAUUCAAGCACGAUGUCCUGGGCACACACCUCAACUAUCUGGGCUGUCUGUCCA